UUAUUCGUCCAGUUUAAAACAUCGCCGAUCACAAUGUGUGUUUUGUGUGUUUGCACAAAAUUGAAUGAUUUUGAACACCGUUUAACCAAUUGACAAUGUGAUUCUUGUUCGGUUAUUAAUAAUAAUCAUUAUAAAUUCGUUUAGAUUUCAAUAUAAUUUCAACUAAACAUGUUAAUUACAUGAUAUAUAUAAAGUUGCAUUACUAUUAAUUUUAACACAUUAAAAUAUGAAAUUAUGUCAAUGUGAAUGUUGAUGGGAUAGGCGAGAAAAUUGUUGCAAUGUUCUCUGAUUCUUUACGGAUAAUUAGCGUUGAUUAAAGUAAGUUUGUAUUCGCUGUGCAGAAGUGUGUUGUUGCGUUUGUUGUUAUGUUGAUUUGUACCGCAAUGUGUUCGGUUCGUGUUAAUAUAGUUAAAAUUGUGUGCUUUGGAUUUUUAUUUAUUAUUUUUACUCAAUUUGAUAUGAACAAGUGAUCCAACAACAAUCUUUUAAUUGAGACAUAUUACCUACGAAGGCUCUUAAUUGAAAAAUCAAGUCAAAACUAAUUGAUGCACGAGUGUGUUUUUUUCUUUGACAUUCGUUACGUCUUUGCGUGAAUUAUUAUCACCGAAUGAUAUCACUUCUACGUCGACCGGACACUGGAAUGCAUCAGCACGCGACUUGCAACGAAAUAUAACUUUGAAUCCAGAUUUUGAUUUGUUAAAAGUGGGGACAAUUACAAACAACUACCAAAUAUCGGAAAAUAUGCUGGAUUCUACUAAUCCGGUAGUGUAAAUUGAAGUUAUCAAUUUGGACUGUAUAUUCAUUCGACGGUAAAAUUUUGUGUGGUGAAAUUUUGAAAUCGAUACAAAAGAAAGUGAUAAGAACCCGUGUGCAGCCAACACAAAACGUUUAAAAAUAAAGCAAAACACAACGCGUAAACGAAAUGGAAAAUAUGCCACCGCUAUAAGAUCAAGAUUAUGAAAAUGAGUAACCGUCGAAAUCCGUACAGUCUUUCGGAUUUUUCCUUGAGGCGAUUGCUGUUGCAAGGCGCACGAGCUGCCCGUGGCAGUCCACAAUUGGGCACAAGAUUAUGCGAUGUGGAACGAGGUUCGGUCAAAUAUGAUAAAAGUCAUCCCAGCACAUCGGGAUCGAAUGGCAGCAAUAAGAACAACAUCGACUCGAUGUCACAACAUUCGGCUAGUACACUGACAACAUCCGUGCCGACCACUAGUCAACGUACAUCAACCGGAUCGCCGCUGAAAAAUGGAGCUGCGAUCGAAGAGUGUCCACUAUGUUAUCACAAUGUAACGCUCGAAGACUUUUACACAUUGCUUGCUUGCAGUCAUGUGGCAUGUAGAAAUUGCCUAGAACGCUAUCUAGUAAUUGAAAUUUUAGAAUCCCGAACUGAUAUAGACUGUCCACAAUGCUCAGAUUCAAUGCAUCCCAGUGACAUUCAAGCACUAUUACAAAACCACCAAGAAGUGAUCAAGAAGUACGAAGAUUUUAUGGUGCGUCGUGUUUUAUUAACCGAUCCCGAUUCGAGAUGGUGUCCAGCACCGGAUUGCAGUUAUGCCGUAAUUGCUACCGGUUGCGCAUCCUGUCCCCGCAUCAAAUGUGAACGCCCUGGCUGUGAUAUAAAUUUUUGCUAUCAUUGUAAAGCCGAAUGGCAUCCGGAUCAAACAUGCGACGCGGCAAGGGCCUCUAGACAAAGUCCGAUUCGUGCACCAUCGGGUAGUAUUAGUCAAGAUUCGCAGCAUCGUGACGAUAUAAAACCUUGUCCCCGAUGUCAAGUAUUGAUUGUAAAAAUGGACGACGGUUCAUGUAAUCAUAUGGUGUGUGCUGUAUGUGGAUCGGAAUUCUGCUGGUUGUGUAUGAAAGUCAUUAGUGAUUUACAUUAUUUGAGUCCGUCUGGAUGCACAUUCUGGGGCAAAAAACCAUGGUCUCGGAAGAAAAAGUUGUUAUGGCAGCUGGGUACAUUGAUUGGUGCUCCUGUGGGUAUUGCGCUAGUUGCUGGAAUAGCAGUGCCCGCAAUGAUCAUAGGUAUUCCCGUUUGGAUCGGUCGCAAAAUUCACACACGCUAUCGUCUAGCUGGAAAACAUAAACGAAAUUGCGCAGUUUUAAGUGGCGUAGCUGCAUCGGUCUUAGUAUCACCCGUCCUAGCUGGACUCGCUGUAGCCAUAGGUGUUCCUAUCCUACUAUUUUACGUAUAUGGCGUUGUACCGGUAUCGUUGUGUCGUGCAGGCUGUGGUGUGUCAACUACACGGGAUGGUUUCAAAUUUGAUUUUGACGAAGAAGAAAUUGGAUCUAGUAAUGGAAGUGUUGGUUCUAGGCACCAGGAUGCUUCGUCCCGUAUUGGUGCCACAAGUAUUGGUGAAGUCAGUUUGAGUGUUGCUAGUGGCAGUCAUUUGGGUAUGUCAUCCGGUCAAAAUGUCAGUUUUGGCGGAAUAACACAUUCGAAUCGAGAAUCAACAAUGGCAUUGGCGGGUAGUAUAACGGGUCAUAGACUAGAAGUGCAGGCUGACAUUAGCUCGUCGGAGACAGCAUCAGCUGUUACGUGUGUUAGUGAAAAAUCAGGGAACACCCUUCAUGACACUGCUUCGACGCGGGCCCUAGCCGGUUCCAUUUUAAGCUAUAAGCAGCAAAUGGAUUCGUCGAAUUUAAGCGAAGACGGUAUGUCAGACCGAAUGCGUUACAGUCAAGGUUCUGGUCAAAAUGACAGUAUGAAAGACUACAUUUGGACAACUCUACCCUCUGAUCAGGACUACGUAGCUGACAAAGCCAGCCUAAGUAGCGGUAAAUCACAGCGCAGCACAGACAUAGACACUGCCAGCGUAUCGUCAGCACAAAAACGAGCUAUACCCCUGGUUCAACGAAUUUCGAAAUUACAUUCAACACAACAUCGAAACGUAUCGGUCGACGGUUCAUCAAAUGCAGCCGAACAGUAUGAACCAGAGCCGGAUUCGUGUUCCAUAACGAAAACAAAACUCAGCGAUAAACUAAAUGAUAAAAUUAUUUAUGAUUUAAAUGAUAAACUACCAAUGCCAUCCUGUUCGAGCAAAAGUGACGUUACCACGUCGACCACACUGGACGGCAAUUGUGAAUCGUCGUCGUCUGCUGACGGUGCCAUUGGAAAUGCAUCCGCGAAAAGCCUAAAUAAAAAUUUUUCAAAGGCGGCCAUUCUACGGAAUUUAUUCUUUUCCCAAUACAUGGACGGUGGCUCUAAUUCUAAGUCAUAAGUUGAUGUUUACA